UCUCUGUUCACUUUGCUCAGUUCCCAGUUGUCAGGUUAUAGGUAGGUCAUACUAUCGCAAGCAGAGUAGCCAAAAGGAUAAUAAAGGAGAAUCAACAAUGUCCUCUUUGCUGCCCAAGUCCUGGAGCAUUCAGUUUCGCGAACUGGUCAGCUCGCCCUUCGCCAUCAUAGCGCUGACGUGCGUCCUGGGAUAUGUGGCCUACAUGAAGACCCGGCGUCAACAUGGCACCUACGACGAUGAGGACUACGAGAACGAGGGACACCGCAAGCUGCCGGCUCCGUUGACGGGUCUCCAUCUCACCCGAAAGCAGUUGGCCAAGUACAAUUCGAAAAGGCCCGAUAAAACAUAUUUGGUGGCCCUUUUCACCGUGAUCUAUGACGUUUCGAGUGCCCCCCAUGACUUUGGACCCGGUGGUAAAUACGCCAAGCUUUCGGGCACCGAAGUGACAGGUUUCAUUAAAAAACAAUCUGUUGUCGAAUCGCGGGACUACGAAUCCUAUUUGAGCGAGUGGAAAAUAAUGCUGGAGGACUUUUUCUAUCCAGCUGGAAAGCUAAUCGAUGGGGAAAAACUUUCCGAGGCAAAUGAGUUGAUACUGAACAAAAAGAAAAUGGAUGCAAUACCGGAAGAAAAGGAGAAGGAGGAAAAGGAGGAGGAAUCGUUUCAAGAACAAGAAACAGAACCAGAACCAAAACCAGAACAAGAACAAGAAACUGAACCUAAUCGUGAAACUGAAACUGAAACAUAUCCAGAAGCAGAGCUCCUCAUUCCGGAGUUUUCCAAACUGGAUUUGAGUCCACCAGAUGAGGGCAUUAAUUCCGACUGCGAUUCCCUUCGCACGGCCUAUGAUUUUCCGCCGGGACAGGACGAUCGCCUGGAAGAUGUGAAUGAUGACAACGACGAGGAGGAGUUCUGUGAAGCUGGACAGGGGGAUAAUGAUGGCGAUGUCUGCGAAUAUGUGGCACCUACUGAUGAAGACUCCAACCAGAGCAAUUGGAACGAUGGAGAUGUGACCAUGGUGCCCAAUUUAUAAAUAAUGCCUCCACCUUCACGCAUCGCCCUUUGAAAUCCAGCCAAAAGUGCCACUUAACCCAUCAUAAGCCCCCAUAUAUGGGCGUAAGCCCUUAGCCAUAAUAACACCGACAUAAAUAAAUAUCUCUCGGAUUUUAUGUGUAUCUGCAUUUGCAGCACUUACACCGAGAGAAACAUAACAUCAUCAGCCGUAAUUAAGGCUGUUAUUACAUUUGCAAUUUGAAAGCAUUGUCAAAAUUAUAUAUUGUUCAAGAUUCAAUGGGAUGCACGUGGAUUUGUAAUAUAUUAAUAUGAAAUAUAUGAGUUAAUGUGUCAAAAAAUUGUAUGUC